ACAACAUGCUAACCAGGGGGAACACGCUAACUACAGACAACAUGCUAACCAGGGGGAACACGCUAACUCCAGACAACAUGCUAACCAAGGGGAACACGCUAACUCCAGACAACAUGCUAACCAGGGGGAACACUCUAACUACAGACAACAUGCUAACCAGGGGGAACACGCUAUCUACAGACAACAUGCUAACCAGGGGGAAUACGCUAACUACAGACAACAUGCUAACCAGGGGGAACACGCUAACUCCAGACAACAUGAUAACCAGGGGGAACACGCUAACUCCAGACAACAUGCUAACCAGGGGGAAUACGCUAACUACAGACAACAUGCUAACCAGGGGGAACACGCUAACUCCAGACAACAUGCUAACCAGGGGGAACACGCUAACUCCAGACAACAUGCUAACCAGGGGGAACACGCUAACUACAGACAACAUGCUAACCAGGGGGAACAGGCUAACUACAGACAACAUGAUAACCAGGGGGAACACGCUAACUCCAGACAACAUGCUAACCAGGGGGAACACGCUAACUCCAGACAACAUGCUAACCAGGGGGAACACGCUAACUCCAGACAACAUGCUAACCAGGGGGAACACGCUAACUCCAGACAACAUGCUAACCAGGGGGAACACGCUAACUACAGACAACAUGCUAACCAGGGGGAACACGCUAACUACAGACAACAUGCUAACCAGGGGGAACACGCUAACUACAGACAACAUGCUAACCAGGGGGAACACGCUAACUCCAGACAACAUGCUAACCAAGGGGAACACGCUAACUACAGACAACAUGCUAACCAGGGGGAACACGCUAUCUACAGACAACAUGCUAACCAGGGGGAAUACGCUAACUACAGACAACAUGCUAACCAGGGGGAACACGCUAACUACAGACAACAUGCUAACCAGGGGGAACACGCUAACUCCAGACAACAUGCUAACCAGGGGGAACACGCUAACUCCAGACAACAUGCUAACCAGGGGGAACACGCUAACUCCAGACAACAUGCUAACCAGGGGGAACACGGAGAGACAAAACCUGACACCAAUUCAUGACACGGAAUGCAAAGAAGAAGAGGAAGAUGAAGAAGAGGUUUUUUUGAGGACAGAGGACGAGUGGAGUGAGGAAGAACUACAAACUCCAUCCCCCACAAUGCACCAGCACACUCCUCAAUCACAUGACAGCCACUCUGGCGAGGAGGAGGAGCCUAGCUGUCCAAUAGGACAACAGGAUGCAGCUCAGGAGGUGGGGCUACGGGGAGAGGUAGCUCAGGAGGCGGGGCUACAGGGAGAGGAGGAUUGUGGGAAAUGUAGUUUGGAGCAGCAGCUGCAGCAGACGGCAGACAGACUGAAGACAGAGAUGCAGACAGAAAGGUGGACAGAGAGACAGACAGGUGAGAGGAAGUGGGCGGGGCUUCAGUUGUCAGCGGAGCAGGUGGGCGACUCCAUCCUCCGCCUGGUGGACGCUGUGAGAACUGAACAUAAGCACUGAUAAACUUUACACACGGGAACAUGUGUUACAGCUGCCGACAGGAUGACGGGUGCACUUCAUGUAUUUGUUUAAAUAAUAAUGAAAUCCAAUUGAAUGACCUUUUUAAAUGUCCAGAGUUCCUGUAAACCUUUAUAAACAUAUUAAAGACCCCCCUGAAUAAUA